CGUCAGUCGUAGCUGGCGGUUGUCUCCGCGCCGGCCUGUCUCGCGCACGCGAGUGUAUUCGUAAUACGAUGAGUGGUGUAUUUUAUCCGAAGUGUGAUUUGUGAGUGUUGAAAGUGGUUCGUGUUUCGGCUGGAGGUUUGCUGCUACACUGCGCUAAAAUGCUAACCAUCAACCGACUCCUCAGCAUCAUACUCAUCAGCUCUCUAGUACCCACCGUCUACUCCGAAAAAGACCGAGAACACCAAGGCCCUCAAACAUGCGGGGGACACAUUCGAGGGCUAAUAGGUUCCUCGGGCGUCAUUCAUACUCCGAACUUCCCCAACGCCUUCGCGACGCCGAUCAAGUGCAAGUGGGUGAUCGAGCGGUUGAACGACACGGGGACUAUAUCGAUAUACUUCACGCAGCAGUACACGACUACUGGGCUGACGUUCACGGAGUACCUGUACUACGAUGAGUCGUACAAGGCCGGGGAGAGGCGAGCGUUUACGGUGACGGAGGAGAACAUCACCAGGGUGAAAUGGCUUCAGAUCAACAGCCCAGUCCUCGUAGUGGAGCUUAAGCUGAACAGGCUGGAGGGAACGCAGCUGCGGGCUCUAGGGCUGCUGUCUGUGUUCGGGUUCAACAUGACAUACGCCAUACGUGGCCCUGCAGACUCGCCGGGACCACACUCCUGCAGCGCUAUCGAGUGCCGUCUUCUUGGGCACUGCUACGCGAGUCAUGACUACAGGGAGUUUUUCUGCGCGUGUUUCGAGGGCUACUCCGGUGCGGACUGCGGUGUCGGCCCCCUCUGCCCGCGGACCAACAUGUGCAAAAACGGCGGAACCUGCAGUCAAAUGGGGCCGGCUGCAGUAAGCUGCGCGUGUACGCCGGGCUUCACCGGCGAUUUUUGUGAAUCUCAAAAUUCCGCACCAGUGUGCGGAAUAGAAGAAUGCUCAGAGAGCUGUAAAGAGGGUCGGAACUGCGAUUGCGAUCCCAAGGACUCGGAUUCCAAUUUGGCGAGAUUUGAAACAAAACUGCAAAUUGCGGACCAAACGGAUAGUGACAUAUCUCAAGAAAUAGUUAAACAGAUAACGAGCCACUUGAAACUAUCAAAUAUCACCCUGGAAGCCGAAAUUGAGAUUUUAAAUAUAAGUUCCGCGGACUCAACCGGCGCACGCACUGUGUGGCUUCGCGUGUGGGGCGCGCGGCGCGAAGCGGGUGCGGUCAAAGCCGCGCUAGCAGGUCUAGCAGGGGCCAGGUCACGCGCCGGCCGCCUGCAUCUACUGAACUUCGACAUGCAACCCGCGUUGACACUACACGUGAGUUCUAGGGUUAGCAACUGUUAA